CAGCUACAAACACACAGCCAUCGUGAUAGUCAGACGUACGCAGGGAGUGAGAGAUUGCCACGUUACCCACGUCAUAUUACGCAGCUAGACAACUACUGUGGGCAGACUUCCUUGCCUCGCGCCGGACUUGCGUGGACAGCUAGCUGCAUUCUACCGGACUGGAGCUCCAAGAGAUUCCGCUGUCACUCAUAGUACUAGGUCUAACAGGUCAACAUGGUUGUCUUCGCGCUCUUCGUCAUUAGCAAAGCUGGCGGUCUUAUCUACAAUCGCGAGUUUCACACAGGCAUGAGCAAGCUCACCAGCAACGACUACCUUAUGCUCGCCGGUUCCUUUCACGGAAUGCACGCAAUAACCGCAAAUAUCUCUCCCGUUCCCCCACCUCCCCAUCCUGCCACCGCCACGUCCACCUCCUCCCAAACCCCAACUACCUUCCCCGUCCGCGCUACCGGUCUCGAAGUCCUCGAAUCUAGCCAUUUCCGCAUACAAUGCUUCCAAACCCAAACCGGCAUCAAGUUCUUGCUCUUUACCGAGCCACAGCAACCCAAUGUGGACACAAUGAUAAAGAAGAUAUACGAGCUGUACGCGGAUUACGUGAUGAAGAAUCCUUUUUAUACAGUGGAGAUGCCGAUAAGAUGUGAGAAAUUCGAUAGAGGCUUGGAUGGUUUUGUUAAGGUUCGAGGGUGAGCAAAAGCACUUAAUUGACAUGGACAAUCGAAGAUGGAGGCAUAAUAUUGCGGCUUGACAAGCUUCGGGCAGCUUUUGCCGAACAAGUGGUGCUGUAGGGAUUCCAGGCACAAGAUAGGCGCAGGCACCACAGUUAAUACUGAGUGUGUCAUUCGAGCGCGUAGUGGUGAUGACAUGUUAAAAGUAUAGUCUCACGAGAGGUGUAAUAAAGGGGGGUGCAAGCCAAGGGAAGCACAGAGAUUGGACUGGCACCACUGUUAAGAGUAGAGACGACUCUAGACACUCGCACUAGUAGCCUAAAGCCACAAAGUUGUUGCAGUUAAGACAAUAUAGCCUAC